UAUGUAUCUUGUCAAAAUGAUUUGCGGCGCCGAUAUGGUGCGCCAAAUACAUGGUAGGGGGAGGGGGGCGUUUAUAAUUCUGUCGGAUACCUUACAACGUUUUUGGUACAAGUUAUGAAGCUGGUGUUUAUAUAAGGCUGCAGAAUUGUGUGUUUCAUUUCUAUUCUUCCAAAUUUGUACCGAUAUAGCAGUGUGUGGUGGGGAGAUGCGAUGGAAAUUACGUGAAUACGUUAUACUCAUUAUGAUUGUUUUAUGGGGCCGUAGGUUGUGCAGCAUUUUUGUCGUAGCAAAUUCAGUGGACAGAUACAGCAGGUAGUUCAGUCAGUCAAGUUGGGGAGAUAUGUUUUUGUGACUACUUUUCAGCAAUUAAAAAUGCCUCUCUCUAUAUGUUACCAUGGAAAAUACUAUAGCUAAAAAAAAUUUGCUUUCAUUUUUUAUUCCAGACAAUCAAGGACUGCAUGUCUACAUACGAAAGAAGGCAAAAGGAGCUCUGCCUUGACACUGAUGUAAGUUUGGAAAUGUAAAGGGUUUGUUAUUUGUAAGUUGUGAGUGCUGAAUGUACUUGAGACUCUAUGCAUUAUCUGCUAAUGGCACACCCUGUCAUACAAUAUAAAGUAUUUGCUGAAUUUGUCUGACUUAUGUGCACUGCUGAAGUGAAAAUUAAAAAUUUCAAUACAUACACCUCAAUUCAGGUGAGCCCACCAGCAAAAUCUGCAUCCUGUGGUGUCCAGGUGUCCAUGAGACCGGCAUCAGUGACAGUAGCUGUCCAACACAGAGGACGUGGGCGGUCGAAAGGUGUGCAGGUAAACAGUAAGUCAGUCAUGACGGUGACAGUUGGCACUCAGACGAAGGGAGGGGCAGUGACAGGGGAAGAUAAUGACUUCCGUGACGACGAGUCGAUGUCUUCAGAACGGUCUGCUGAAGUGAUGGACUCAGGAAGUGAGUACCAGCCCUCGGAUGAGGAGACGGAUAAGGAGAUGGAUGAGGAGCCGUGUAGCAGUCGCUCUGCAGAACAGGAGCCGUGCAGUUCCCCACCCAAACAUGGCGUGUUCCUCACCUUCUGGGCAUGUCUUGUAGAGCUGAUUGCUACCUGGUGCAGUUGCCCGAGCUGUGGGUGCAGGAAGCUCGCGUACAAGUGCAAGGAGGUAGGCACUCUGUUGAAAGUGACUCUCACAUGUACAGCUGAUGACUGCGGCCACACAGGGACAUGGAAGAGUCAGCCCUUCUACGGGAAAACGGCAGCAGGAAACAUCCUACUCUCGGCUGCCAUACUGUUCAGUGGGGCCACAGUUACAAAGGUGCUGCGAGUGCUGUCUCACAUGGGAGUUGCUGUCACCUGCGUCCGGUCUUUCUUUCGCCAUCAGGACAACAUGUAGACAAGGGGUUGAACGUAUUUUCACCAGGAUAUGCGGUCCUUUCCUAGAGUAGAGUUCAUAAUUUCCCUUCUUUUCGGGGGUGGUGGUGUUUUCUUUUGUUAGAAAAAAAUAGUAACUGUACUUGACGUGUAUACAAGCCACGAAAAACAAUAAAACAUGACGAAGAUUCGGUAAAUUUUGACAAUGGGCUGCUAUUACCAGUAUAGAUAGAUCGGAUAUGAACGUAAACAAAUUAUGCACAAGCAUGCAGAAACCAUCGCGGAGUAUGUUGUGCCUUCCGUGCGACGGCUACUCCCGUAAAGAGUAACCUCCGAUUCUAGGUUCUAAGUUUUACAUUGAUCAGGUAGUUUGAGUAACUGUUUGGCCACAGAACAUACAUAAUGUCUUACCACUCCGUAUGAUUGAGUCUCUCAUCGUCAUCCAUGGGAAUGUUGUCAUCGGCGGCGUACCCACGCGCGCCAUCGUCCUCUGCCUCUGACGCCGAGUCACUACUAUCGGCCGGCUCUGCGUCUUGCUCGUCGAGGUACGGCUCAAACCGGUAAGGUAUAAUACCUCCCACGGCCCCCUCUACUAGCUCCGCUAGCUCCUCGCCCUCGAAAGCUUCAAAAAAGGCUUCCACGCUAGACUAAGAUGACUCUGAGAAGUACUCGAAAGUUUCGUCGGCCAUUACGAGUGACACUGAUAAGAUAGCGGGCUGGGGGCACGCUGUUCCAAACGUGACGUCAUAGCACUUCCGGUAGCGGGCCCACGGUAGCGCCGGCGGCUGGCCAAAAUCGCACUGUUUAAAAGGCCGUUUUAGCUAUUUUUCGCAAUGAUAACGCGAAAUAACUAUUUCAAUAUGGUACAAUAUAUGUUUAUUUUCCCUUUUAAGAUGUUUUUUUAACAAAAUCAAUCACAUUUCGUACGGCCUUUAA